ACCGUCUCAUGACCCCGCAGAGCUGAACAAAUUGGUGUAUUUACAUGGCGCAUUGUUAGAAUCAAUGAGGCUUUACCCACCAAUUCCGUUCCAGCGCAAGUCAGCAAUCAAACCAGAUUUUCUUCCAAGUGGGCAUAAAGUGGAUGCAGACUCAACGAUCAUUAUCUUUCUCUAUGCGAUGGGGAGGAUGAGAGCGAUUUGGGGAGAAGACGCAGCAGAGUUCAAACCAGAGAGAUGGGUUUCCGAAACCGGAGGAUUAAGACAUGAGUCUUCUUACAAGUUCUUUUCAUUUAAUGCCGGACCAAGAGCUUGUCUUGGUAAGCAUAUAUCUAUGAUCCAGUUGAAAACGGUGGUUUUGGAGAUAUUACAAGACUAUGACAUUGAGGUCCUAAAGGAACAGAAGAUUGAGCCAUACCCUGGUGUUAUUCUUCGUAUGAAGAAUGGGCUUAACGUCACAGUUAAGAAUAGAUGCUAAUCAAUCAGCUUGUAAUAACGAGAUAGAUUAAAUCAUGUUUCUUAUAUGAUUGAUGAAAUAAAUAUA